GAACUCUUGCGGUUCAUUGCAAAUGGGCGGUUGCAUUGCACGAUCGAUAAUGUGCAUGGGAUCGUGGAGACGACAAGACCGUCGAUCAAGAUGGCACAGUAUGAGAAAGUGGUCAAGCAGGGGGAUGUACUGUUGAAUUCCCUGCAGAGACUCAGCAAAGUACUGUAUUGA